UCGUAGUCGUCGUCGCCGUCGUCGUCGUCGACGUGGAUAAUUUAGUAGGAGUCGUCGAACGAAGGGAUCUUUGACGAAAUAUUCCAGAAGGGCAAGAUGGCAGUACGUCCGGUCGCCGAAUUGCUCGUGCUCGCGCACGAUUCCACAGCGCUCUACGGGAAAGUCAAUCUCACCAAGUUCUUCGAGGGUCACUUGCGCAGCAACCAUCCCGCUUUACGAGAUCUCUCCUAUCUAUCGGAGGAGCACGACGGCGUGGAAGGGCCGAAAGACUUUCAAGAGCUCGAUCGGCGAAACAGAAAUUCAGAGCCUGAAUAUCCAAGUGUCUGCAAAACCAAGGAACAAUUAGUUCAGCUCAGAAAUACAAUUUACGACUAUCAACCGCCUGAGUAUUACGAAAUCUAUUGCAAGAACGACCAGUUUUUCGAUCGAGCGGAAGAACGAACGAGAGGAUCAUCCUCUACACAGAAAUGCGCUCAUCCCAAGUUUCAAUGCGUCCAAAGGACAAAGACCCUCUUCUUAUCCAGACGCCUCUGGGAGAGCAAUUGUUGGGAGCCUAUCACCAUAGAAAUCCCCAGUGGUUGCGAUUGCAUGUCGGUCCCUGCGCCCGACAUCGCCGCUCUUUAUCAAUGACGGGAAAUACUUGGCUCGUUAUCGAUCCUCAUACACGCGACUUAAAAUUGCGUAUUUGCGAACAAAUUUAAUGCAUAAUAUUACGUAUGACGUUACGGUAGGAUCGAUUGCAUCUGCACGUCGAAUAAAAUUUUUCCAGAUCGGAGUUGUCGCUUGUCGCUAAAGUUUAUUUCAAAAGUUCUCGCGAGAGAGGAAAAUAUAAGAUACGAUUCUCCUGCUACUUCCACGAAUUUGCUUUGUGCUUGGGUAAAAAGUGAAAUCCAUCGGGUACUUUUCCAAGCAACAUUUCUCUAGAAAAAGAGGUCAAGCGUGAUACGAUACAUCGUAGCGAUAUUAGCAAUCGACGUAUUACAUAUGCGUUUGUCGUUUAAACGAACUUACGAUAUUUUGACCCAAUCCGCGCAGUUUGAACUCGCCAUAAGCGUUUCCAUCUCGUCUCGACCUUUGUAAAACGGUGGCCUCUCGUUGAUUCUCUGCGGUGGUCUCUCCAAUAGCCCGACCGGCACGUAUCUAGAGAAAAUAAUACAAUUGUAAGUUUUUAAUCGUCAAGCCUUUGUUCCCCUUCCGUAGACUUUCGAGCAAGAUACUCGCCUGUGCAAGAAGGAAAUCCAUUCUAACAUGAAUCUCCUUGUCGUUUCGACGCCUCGCGUAUCGGAUCCCCAAUGCUCGAGACCAUAAUUAGCAUAUCUCUUCAAUAUAUCAAAUCUUUCCGUACUUCUUACGUCUAUUAACUUUUUUUCCUUCAUUUCGGUAAAAAUCCAAGGUUUUAUCAAUGCUCCUCUUCCUAUAGUCACUCCUUCUACGGAAGUGCACAGCUUGAGUGCUCUUUGAUAAUCGUCGAACGAAAGGACAUCUCCGUUUCCAAAUACAGGUAUGGGCUUUGCUGCCUGGGCACACUUUUCUAUAUAAUUCCAGUCUGCGAGUUUCGUGUACCUUUGUUCGCGAGAUCUUCCGUGAACCUGUUCGACAUGCAAGCGUUUCCGAUUAAAUUCGCGUACAAUUUUAAGAUCGACGAUUAAAUCAAUGAUUCGUCGUCCUCUUCGACUCGUAGUAAUAAAAAUUUAGCAAAACUACUCACGGUAAUCAUGGAUACGCCCCAAUCUCGAAACUUUGGCAUCAAAUUAUGCGCUAUAGGUUUGUCUAUGUAAACUCCUGUUCUGGUCUUUACGGACAAAGGUAUCUCCACGACUUGACUAACCGACUUUAUAACUGUUUCUAAUACGUUUAAUCUAUUGAGCAUACCGCUUCCGCCACCUUGUCUGUAAAUUAAAUCGAUAGGACACCCUAAGUUCAAAUCUAUGAAAUCUAUAUCAAUUUCUUCGUUCAAUAACUGAGCACAUCUCGUCAAUACUCCAGGAUUAUUACCACACAAUUGUAUGCCAAAAACGUCUUCGCUUUCGUGUCGUUUUACCAAAGCCCAUUCCUCGUGCGCUCCUUUCAGUAUUUUAGGAGCCAACGCCAUUUCUCCGCAAGUGAUAUCGGCGCCGUAACCUUUACAAAUCCUUCGAAAUGGAAGAUUACCCACGGUCGUCAAAGGACUCAACAUUAUUUUAUUCUUCCAAUCGAUCUUUUUCUUCUCCGACGUUCGAAUUUUAAUCAAAUCGUAGUCCUCCACGGGCCCGAUUCUCGGUUCUUUCCUUUCGUCGGACGUUUCGUUGGAAACGUUCUCCUCUUCGCCGAGGACCUCUUCCGAAGGUAAAUCUUUCUCCAUUUCUUCGUCGUCUUUCUUUACUUUCGAAUAUUUCAGUCGAGACGUUUCUUCUUUGUCGCUCGAAGUCUGACUUUUGGUAGACAUCUUCUUGGCGGAAGGAUUGUUUCCUUUAACGAUUGUCUCUGCCUUGGAAAAAUUAUAUUUAUGCUUUCUAAGCUUAUUUUGAAGAACUUUGGACAAUUGAUUUUGCGUAGACGAGGGUUUCUUUUUAAAUUCUUGUAACUUCUUCGCGUCUACUAUAUUGAAACCAUCUUCGGUCAGAUGUUUCGAACCCAUUCUACACGCGGCGCCUCUAGGGCAUCUACCCAUCAGAUCAAAGAGGUAACAAUCCUCGUUAAUGUCGCUCGGCUUUAUCUGUAAAUAUUCUUUUCGAUCGUGUAAGAACGAACAACGCUUAUUUUCACAUUUUUUCUCAAUCUCCCCUUCUGCCUGAUCCGCUAUCCAUGGGCACAAAUUCGAUUCGCGCAAUGUUUUGAACGGUGGCGGUCUAGCCUUGUUUUGACCCCUAAGUUUCUCUUUCUUAUCGUCCGACUUGAAUCUUUUCGGUGAAAAUUCGUCGGACGUUGUUUCCUCGUCAUUCGCGUUAAUACUUUCCUCCGCACUGCGCUUGUUCGUCCCAACGAGGCACUCUUCAUUUUGUAAUCUUAUUCUAUCUUCGAUUAUGAAUCUGCAACAAAUAAAUAUUGCUUUAAUAUUGCGAAAGACAAACGUAAAUGUUUACAAUUUAAGCCGAAAUGUUUAAUUUUUAAGCCGAUCCACGCAAAACAACGAACGAAUGUGCGAGACACGACUUGUGGUUAUUUGAGGUUAUAAUUCCAUCGUGCGUAAAAACAUAAUGAUACGACGACUUAUGUAACGAUUAUACGUAAUAAUAAAAAGAUUACUCUUCUUUAA